AUGAGCAGCAAGAAACUUGGCGAACUUCAGCGUUCAGGGGAGUUUCGCAUCCCUCAGGAAGGCCAAGGCAGUGAAAGCAAACUUCCUCCAGAGCAAUGGCCACUUUUGUUGAAAAACUAUGAUAAGAUGAACGUGCGAUCUUCACAUUUCGCUAUCUUGGAAUGUGGCUGGUCACCUCUUCAGAGGCCUCUGACGGAAUACGUAAAGUACGGUAUGAUAAACCUUGAUAAACCGUCUAAUCCUAGCUCGCAUGAAGUUGUGUCGUGGAUUAAGCGUAUUUUGAAAUGCGAAAAGACGGGACAUGCAGGGACUCUUGACCCUAAAGUUACUGGGGCUCUUAUUAUAUGCAUUGAUCGUGCAACGCGUUUAGUCAAGUCUCAACAGAACGCUGGUAAAACAUACAUUGGGGUGUUGCGCCUUCAUGAUGCGGUAAGUGAAAAAAAAGUUGUUGCUGCUCUACAACGCCUUACUGGACCUUGUUUUCAACGGCCCCCUCUGAUUGCUGCAGUGAAACGUCAGCUUCGCAUUCGUAAUAUAUAUUCAAAUCGACUGAUUGAGUAUGAUAAACAUCGUCAUUUGGCCGUGUUCGAAACUCACUGCGAAGCAGGUACUUACAUUCGAACCCUUUGCGUUCAUCUUGGUUUGAUCUUGGGUGCGGGUGGUCAUAUGGAAGAGCUCCGCCGCAUUCGCACGGGGGUAAUAAGUGAGGACGAUCAUAUUUCUACUAUGCACGAUGUCCUCGAUGCACAAUGGCUUUAUGAGAACGAGAAAGAUGAGAGUUAUCUUCGCCGUGUGAUUCUCCCCUGUGAGUACCUUCUCACAAACUACAAGCGUUUGGUUGUUAAGGAUUCUGCCGUGAAUGCAAUGUGCUACGGUGCGAAACUUAUGAUUCCUGGACUUUCACGGUUUGACAAUGGGAUCGAAAAAGACGAUAUUGUUGUGUUGAUGUCUACCAAGGGUGAAGCUAUUGCCCUUGCAUAUGCUGAGAUGUCAACUUCACAAAUGGCGUCUGUGGAUCAUGGGAUUGUUGCUCGAAGCAAGAGAGUCAUAAUGGACCGUGACACGUAUCCAAGACGGUGGGGACUCGGUCCAAUUGCCGUAAAAAAACGUGCAAUGAUGAAGGAUGGCCUUUUGGAUAAGUAUGGACGUCCUCAAGCGAACACUCCAUCUGAUUGGUACUAUGUAGACUACGGUGGAGUGAAGACAAACGCAGAGGGAGUUCAGUAUGGCGAUGCACCAAGGAAAACUACAAAGCGUCCUAGAGCCGUUGAGGAUGAUUCGGAAUGA